GAGCUGUCAUUAGUAUGUACCCUGAAAUGUUGACAACAAAAGAGAUAUCUCGACAUCUCAUUUCGCAGCAAGACGAUGAUGGUACCUGCAGAAUUGUACAUACAGAGAUGGUAGAUGUUUUGCCACCCGUCUAGUCUUACCGACCAAUACCACGUGGUCGCGUACAGAAAACACGUGCAUAUGGCGUUACAACAAAAAUAACAACAAGUGAGGUGGACGAUAAAUUCUGGUCUUCUUAAACUUUUCCUGUGAUGAGAUUCACCUGUGACUUGCCCUAUGGCAGAGAAGGCAGAGUUCUGCUUUGAGGGAACACCAAGGGUCCAGUAUGAUAGAAAGUUGACAGAAAGGAAAUCAUAUCGACUUCAACCUAAAGCAGCAUAAUGGAUGUGUCAGACCUGUAUGAAAGAGCCAUAAAGGAAGUAGAGGAAAAUGUCAAGUUGUUUGGAACUCCAACAUGUACAGAGGAAAUACCAAACCUGUUUACAGACAGUGUUAAUGGUAACGAGUUUAGUGACACCUCUAACCAACAGAAAAGUCCCAACAAACGUAUGAAAGAGAAACCGUACAAAUGCCCGAUCUGUGGCCUGGGGUUUAACAAGGAGAACAAACUGCAGAUACACGUAAGUAAACAUACGGGAGAGAAACCAUACAAAUGUGAUAUCUGUGGUAAAGGUUUGAGUAGGUCUACUCACUUACAGGAACACAUCAGGACACAUACAGGAGAGAAGCCAUACAAAUGUGAUGUCUGUGGUAAGGGGUUUAACCAGACUGCGAAUCUACUGCGACACACCAGGACCCAUACAGGAGAGCGGCCCUUUGAAUGUGAUAUCUGUGGUAAGGACUUUGUCCUGUCACAACACAUGAGAACACACUACCGACAACACACAGGGGAGAAGCCGUUCAAAUGUGAUGUCUGUGGUAAGGUGUUUAGUGAGUCGGGAAAUCUUCAGAAGCACAACGCUACACAUAAGGGGAUAGAGAUGUAUGGGUGUGAAGUAUGUGGCAAAGGUUUUACCACAAGUUCUAGUCUACACUCGCACAUCAGGACUCAUACUGGCGAGAAACCAUACAAAUGUGAAACGUGUGGUAAGGAAUUUAGUCGAGCUGAUGUCCUUCAGAGACACAACAGGACACAUACAGGAGAGAAGCCAUACAGUUGUGAAUUCUGUGGUAAGGGGUUCAGUCAGGCGAGUCAGCGUCAGAAACAUCGCAGAAUACAUACAGGAGAAAAACCCUACAAAUGUGACGUUUGUGGUAAAAACUUCAGCCUGAUUCAGAAUCUACAGACCCAUCUGAGGACACACUCUGGUGAUAAGCCUUACAAGUGUGAUAUCUGUGGUAAGGCAUUUAAUCACAGAUCCAACUUAAAGACACAUAUCAAAACGCACACGAAAGAGAAAGAUUUCAAGUGUGAUGUUUGUGAAAAGAGUUUCUCUACGUCAGGUGACCUGAGUUCACACUCAAUGUCACACACAGGAGAGAAGGCUUUCAUAUGUGGUAUUUGUGAAAAGGGAUUUAGUCGGUCUCAGUACCUAAAAAUCCACAUGAGGAUGCAUACAGGGGAAAAACCAUACAAAUGUGAUCUCUGUGGUAAAGAAUUUAAUGACUCGCGUGACUUGAAGAUACACAUACGGGGACAUACAGGAGAGAAGCCAUACGUGUGUGGUGUUUGUGGCCAGGGCUUUAAACAGACAUCCAACCUGACAUCACAUCUGAGAAAACAUUCUGAAGCAAAACCAUAUGUCUGUCACGUUUGUAGCAGGGGGUUUAAACGGCCUAAUAAUCUGAAAACACACAUGAAAACCCACUCCAUAGACCAGAAGUAUAAAUGUGAUAUCUGUGAUAAGAGGUUUAGUCAGCCCUGUAACCUACAGAGACACCUGGUGACACAUACUGACGACAGAGAGACUGACGACAGAAAAACGGUGAGAGAGAUGUAUCUGGUGGAGAGGUCUGAUAAACCGUCGACCUACUUUACUCAGACACAAAUGACCUACAUAGCUCCUACCUAACAUUUCUUUGGUGUUCUCUAGAAGAUGACCAGUUUGAUGUUUAGUGAAGAGUUAUGCUUCAGUUUAAGAUAUGCUUCCGUAUACAAUCAAUGGUCAGUGACUACAAUGCCAGUAGAAUUGUGUAGACGGAGACAUUUUGUUAUUCAUUUACAGUCAACUUUAUAAAUAGUGAAGUCACAAACAACAACAAAAAAACCUGAUUUGCUGCACAGUGAAUAUCUCUUAUCAAUUGGUAAUAAUUAACUUUGGAAAAAAAGAAGUAUUUUUCAAGAUCCCUGGUAUUUUGUUGAAGUUAUAUACCCUUAUGUUAAACUUAGAAAAACACCAUGAUAUACAUGUACUAGUAUAUUUACUAGUGUUUUACAGCUAGGUCAUGUUUUGUUUUUCUCUCCAUAUAUGGAGAUUGUUAUUUCAUUUCUACACUAUAUAGUUCACACUGUAUAUUUUUAUCAAUAUUUUUAUCAACUUUAAUGAUUAUAAUGUAUAAGAAUUUUUGAUAUUUUGCAUACUUUCAUCAGAUGGUAGGUUGUUCAAGUCACACUUCUCUGUGGCUAUCCAUUCAUAAACUAUCCUUGUAACCAUAAUUUCAAUGAAAUUAAAUUCUUAACCAAAUAUUUAAAUGGAUCUUUUUUAAAUUCCAUAUGUAGGUUCUGCUUGGUUCCUGUAGUCGUUCAUGUUAUAUUUUGAGAAUGACUGGAUAACAACCUUUUUGGAUUUUGACAAUAGAAGUUUCUUAAAAUGCUUAUGUAAUUAACAGAUAUUUCUAAGAUUUUAUGUGUAGGUUCCGGUUGGUAACUGUUAGAGGGAAAAAAUGGCCGAUAGGCCACAAUUUUCAGUUUUGACAGUUGAAGUUUGUUACCACUAUUUCUCAGAAAUUACCAAAUGGAUGUUCCCAAACUUUAUAGCUUGGUCCCUACAUUUAGUUGUGCAUGUCAAAUUUUCAGACUGAUUGGAAAACAGGCACCAUUUUGGAUUUUUACAGUUCAAGUAUGUUACUGCUGUUUUGUAGAAAGUACAUGUAAUUAUAAUUUCUGAGAAAUUAAUCAAGGAAUGUAUCCAAUGACAUUUGUGGUUUCUUCUUCAUCACUUGUGUUCAUUAUUGAGACAGAAGAACUAAAACAGGUAGUGAAUUUAUAUCAAUUCAAUAUGAAAUGUCAAAAGGUAAAAUAUGAGAAAAAGAGGAUAGAAGAGAUGGCCGAUUGCUUUCCACACAAUAUAUUUUUUGAAGGAAUUAUCAUAGUUUGAAGAUACUUGCUUGGUAGACUGGUUACUAAUUAUGUUGACUACUUUCACAGGAACUUGAUGACUGAACACAAAUACAUGUAAUAAUUAUAAAUGCUAUGUCAUGUGUUUUAUGUUUUUAUGCAUGUUUCCUACUCUCAUUUUAAGUUUAUACAAUAUUUUCAGGGGCGGGGGAUCUUGCAUGACGACAAUGUCCUUGUUUAUCGUUUAUAUCUAUUAUACAUAAUCUUAAGCCUUCCAUUAAAUUUUCACACACUUAACAAUUUUGAUAGUGUAUAAAUUGAUAGUUAAUAAAAUUUAUGGAUAUCAUUCAAUUAAUUUUAUAAAAUUAAUUAUGAUUUGUGGAGAUUGAAGUACAUGCUGUGCUUUAUGUAGUGAAAUAUACAGAGAAUGUAUAUAUAUAUAUACAUGUCUAUAUUUCUUACCUGAAGAGUCGGGAAAAGGGUGAAAGCUGCUUGUAAGUUGGUUGUUGAACUUUGUUAUUUUUUCUAUACAUGUAUAUAUACACAAAUAUAUAUGAUAGACGAUUUGUCACUAUGAUCAUGUCAUUCUUUUUAAGAAUGUAGAUGUGGCCUGUGUUAUAAGCUGUGGGUAUUUCUGGUCAGUCGAUUAUAUUUUUAGGUGCCAUAGAUCGUGAGUUUGAGGCCAGUCAGGGAAUGGCUCUUGAAAUUGUCAUCCUUAACUUUUUUUAUUUAUUUAUCAUUUGUGUUACUAUAUGUUACACUAUAAAUACGUAUAAAUAUAUAUGGACAUAAUUUAUGAUAUACACAUUUUUACCCCUCUAAUUAAUACAUUGUACCUAUAUCAUUAAAAAAAUCACAAUCACCAAUGCUACAUCAAUUUAUAAAUAGCUUUAUUCUGGUUUUAUAAUGAUUUUUAACGAUUAUGUAAUUUUAGGGUUAGUGUUUGGUGUAAAUGGAAGUUUUUACAUUCUUAAUUAAGAUACCAUUACUAUGGUAUAGACAUGUAUAGUUUUCCAGACAUUAUACUGAUCAGACAUUCUGGUUGUUAUUUUGCCAUACAGGUACAGCUGUAUGUAUUUUGCAAUGUGUUGUUACUUAUAUUAUAAAGUACAUGUAAAUAUUGACAUUAAAAAAUGGCACCAUUUACUCUAGAUGUUAGAGUUGUUGUCAGAUUUUGAUUUAUGUCGGUGCUUAAAUUUUUCAUUAGUAAGUUAUUAAUUUAAUGGUAUGAACCAUAUCCAUGUUGUAUAUCUUGUGUAUACAUAGACUUGUCAGAGUACAUAUACAAUAAUAUGGGCAUGAAUAUGUAUAAUCAGUAUUGUAAGAUUAAAUGGAUAUGUAUUACACUGC